CGUCAGAAAAUUUCCAACAUUGUUUAAUUCUGACACGAAAAAAAUUACACCAAAAUUAAACUAAAAUGGGAUGUGAGGUCGUGACCCGAUUAAGACAAAUAGUAAAAUCCCAUGUAGUGUUAAUUCCACGUGGCGGCGGAUGUGUGCUCGAAAUGAAAGAGAUGGUUGGGGUUUGAUAACUUUCACAUGGAGUCCCAACAAAAUAGCAUUGGGGUGGCGUCCGUUUUCCCUUCUCUUUUUAAGGAGAGAAUUUGGAAACUUUAUUACUCCGAUUAAUCAGACCUUUGUUUUGUAAAGAAGAAGCAAGAAAACAACCAGAAGAAGAGGCAGAGAGAGUGUGAGAAAAAUUGCAGGCAAAAUUUUUUGACCCAUACUUUCAGUUUUUCUUUUUCUUUUUUUGUUCAGAAACAGAUACAGACAUCCCGAAACAUAAUCCACAAUCCAUCCUUGGUUUAUGUUAUCACCAAUAACAAGAAAACUGCUACUUUUUCUUUUUUUGCACUAGUUUUGUUCCUUGAAGAGAGAGGACGAAGAACAAGGGAAUUGAAUCAGAUUGGGGUAAGGAAAGGGUUCCCGUGUUUUUUGUUUUAUAUGAUUGUAUAUUUGGUUGUGGAAUGAGAGCAGGAAGAGAAAAGACAGAUGGAUUUCUGGCCGGAGUUUCUCGCAAGCAGCUGGGGAAGAGAAUUUGUGGCCGGAGGGAUUGGAGGAAUAGCCGGCAUUGUAGCAGGGUAUCCGCUUGAUACCAUCAGAAUCCGGCAGCAACAUUCCAACAAAGGUGGCUCAGCCCCCACCAUCUUCCGCCAUGUUGUCUCCAAAGAAGGACCCCUUGCCCUCUACAGAGGCAUGGCUGCUCCUCUUGCUUCUGUUACUUUCCAAAAUGCAAUGGUCUUCCAGAUUUACGCUAUACUCUCCAGAGCAUUUGACAAUGAUGUUUCUGUGACCGAUCCACCCUCCUACAGAGGCGUCUAUCUUGGAGGUGUUGGAACUGGAGCAAUACAGAGCUUGUUGCUUAGCCCUGUUGAGUUGGUGAAAAUCCGUCUUCAGUUACAGAGGAACAUUAGUUCUACAAACAUUCAUCGAGGCCCUGUGGAUCUUGCAAGAAGCAUUCUCAAGACUGAAGGUUUGAGAGGCAUGUAUCGUGGGUUAAUGAUCACUGUCCUUAGAGAUGCUCCCGCUCAUGGAGUCUACUUUUGGACUUACGAGUACAUGAGGGAGCAGCUUCAUCCCGGAUGCAGAAAGAAUGGCCAGGAGAGCUUCAGAACAAUGCUUUUCGCAGGUGGACUAGCCGGUGUUGCUAGCUGGGUAUCUUGUUACCCAUUGGAUGUCAUCAAAACCAGGUUCCAGGCACAGAACUCAGCAAAAUACACAGGCAUAGUUGAUUGCUUCAGGCAAAGUGUGAAGGAAGAAGGGUACAGAGUGCUCUGGCGCGGUUUAGGAACUGCGGUUGCUAGAGCUUUUGUUGUAAAUGGAGCCAUUUUCACAGCCUAUGAAACAGCUCUAAGGUGCUUGUACACCAACAACAGCCCCGCAACCAUGCAAACAGAAAAUGCAAUGUAGAGAAAGAAGCACGGAGCAUUAUCAUGGCACAACUACAAAAAUGCAGCAUUAUGUGAAUCGCAUUGGAUUAGUUUCUCAUACUUUACAUCCCAGAUUCAAUAUCAAUGAUAUCAGUGCAAAGCUAAAUGCAGAAGAAGCAAGACAGCAUUUAACCAUUGUUAUAUGGGUGACCAGCUGAACGCCAUUGGAACUUGAGAAUAUACAUCUAGAUCAAUACCAUUUAGUUGGAGAACAAUGUAAAUAACAUCAAAUUCAUACGUACUGAUGCAUACUGCUCUGAUUUAACUAUUGCUAUAAAAGAGAACAUUUACUCUUUAUUUCAUAUCAAAAUCAGAUCCUAGACAACAGCUUUCCCUCUUUUCAUUUAGACAACAAGCUCAUAAAACAACCGGAAAAACAAACAAAAAAAAAAGGACAACCUAUGAAAGGCAUUACACAGCUCAAUACAAAAUUAAACACUGAAACUACAGACAGAACUAUCAUUAGAUUCAAUGAUUCAAUAGCUACCUCCAGCACCAAGAUGCUCAACCCUGGUUUCACUGAGGUUCAAGUCAGCCAUAGCAUCCUCCAAUCCACUGCUUGCAUUCGCCAAUAUUAUUGGAUCAUUAUAGUUCCUGACAGCUUGAACAAUAGCACGCACUUUUCUAUAAGGAUCUGCACAGUUAAAGAUAUCUGAUUCAACAAACACCCCAUCACAACCCAAUUGCAUCAUCAAGGCAGCGUCAGCAGGGGUAACAAUUCCUCCAGCUGCAAAAUGAACCACCGGAAGCCUUCCCAUUUGCUUUGUUUGAGCCACGAUGUCAUAAGGAGCAGCGAUUUUCUUAGAAAACGCGAAUACUUCGUCGUCGUCCAUGUUGUUCAAGAUUCUUAUUCCCCCCAUCACUUUUCUCACAACACGAACCGUCUCCAUAAUGUUGCCGGAGCCCUUCAAAUCUCCUUGGAACCUAAUCAUUGCAGCUCCUUCUCUCACCCUUCUUAAGGCCUCUCCGAGAUCCACACACCCGCAGAUGAAAGGCGCCCGGAAAUUAUGCUUGUUGAUGAAAUGGUCUUCAUCUGCAAUGGCUAAGACCUCGCUCUCAUCUAUGUAAUCGACUCCUACGGCUUCAAGAAUCUGGGCUUCAACGAAAUGCCCAACUCGAGCUCGGGCAACAGUCGGGAUCGCAAUUGCCCCUUUGAUUUCCUUGAUUAGAGACGGGUCGGGCAUUCGGCAAAUCCCAGAUUUGCUGGGUUCGGAAACGAUGACGCAGCAAGCGCCGGCCGACUCAGCGAUCUUAGCUUGAUCGACGUUAUUGACUUCCACAAUUGCUCCCCCGCGGAGCAUUUGGGCCAUCCCGAUUUUGAUCGAAAAAGGGUUCUUCUUUGCGUCGGUGAUGGCGCUGCCGCCGUAGACAGUAACGACGCCGUCGUCGGCCAUCCCGUAAACCGUUUGUGAAAAUGCCUGAACGGGAAGAAAAUUAAAUUGAUUGAAACUGAACGGAAAUGAGCUAAGAGUGUUUAAGGUGUUCAGAAUCUUUGAGAUGGGAAUAAAUGGUAAAGUGAAUCGAACACCUUAGAAGAAGAUGGAAAAUGGUGAUGAGGUGGAGUGUAUGGUUCGAGAAGCUUCGGGUAGGUUACUGUGUUAAUGGCAGAAUGUUUCGUUGCUUCAAGGGAAUAGAGAUGCUUUUAGCUUUUUCUUGCCAUAGUUGCAUUUUUUACUUUCUAGAUUGAGUAAAAUGAGAUGUAAACCAGUAUAGGUCUAGUAUAUCAAACAAAGAUUCACAAAUUUCCAACUAAUU